GGUCUAACCUUCUCAGGCUGCUGAUGUUGAAAAGCAGAAGGAAAUGAAUCAAUGAUGGAAAUGAAUGAAUCAAUCAAUCAUAUUUAGGAAUGACUCUAAUCUCAUUAUAAAAAAAACUGUACUUUAUUACAGAAAAAUAUCUUGUAAAUGAUGAAAAUAUAUUUUAAAUAUAUUUUUAAACAUUGUUCAGAAAUUAUUUCAAAGUUUGUUGCAGGAUCACAUAAUCAUGCUUUAACUGAAUUGGCAAUUGAACAGUAGAGAUGUAAUGGUAUGAAAAUGUCAUAUCACUAUUAUCGUGACCAAAACUAUCACAUUUAUCAGUAUUAUAAGAGAGUAUUAUGACGGUAUUGUUAAAAUGUGCUGAAAAUGUACAAAAGGCAAUGAUACACACACAUGAAUAUGCAUAUAAAUAUAUUUUUUAAAUAACAAUGACAAAUUUAAGAAGCAGAUUUAAUAGUUUUCUACUGUCUGAAUCUUUUAAAUUGUAAAAAAAAUAAAAUAAAUAAAAAUAAAAAAUAAAAAAAAAUCUUAAAACCUUUUACACAUUUUUUCCCCCUCUGUUUCAGUGUCUGUUUCUUUUUGUGCACAUUAAAUAAAAAAUAAGCUUAUUUCUAAAUGCAACACUGCUGUUUUCCUGGCAGUUAGUUAGGAAGCCUAUAUGUCGUAAUGCAUAAAAGCAAAAAACAAAAGGCAGAAAACUGAAUAAAUGUCUGUAAAUAAUAAUGCUAUACAUUCUACUGUAAUGUUCUCUUUGGGUCUCUACUGGUAAUUUGUUGCCCUCUAUCGGUGGGAUGUUAUGUCUAGUGGAUACCAUUAAAGACCAAUUAAUGGUUUUAAUGGUUAGCUGAUGGUUUGUAAUGGUAUUUGUAGUGGAAACCUUUAGAUUUUCGGUGAUGGUUUCUAUUCAACAGAGCCAAGCGAUUCAUUGGCAGUUUUUUUAUCCAACCCGGGUAAAGUUGUUGGUCUUUGUCUAUCUUUUGCUUAUAUUGAAUCUUGUUUUAUCCUGUGAUUAACAAAUUAAGCAUUAUACUUUGCAUUGCACUUGUUAUAAAACCACACACACACACACUCAUAGGUCUUAUAUUUCUCACAAGAACUGACACUUUUCUGAACAACUCAGAUGUUUAUAAGCUUCACUAGAUGUCCUUUGGUCACAGUUUCUCUGUAUGUUGAUAAAAGUAUUAAAGAAUUGUCAGUACAGAAUAGUGAAUUUUCAGCAAAAGGAUUUGUUCAUAUUGAGUCGGUUAGGAGUCGACUCCUAACGCCAGCAUAAAGAGCCACUAUCUAAAGAGUCGACUCUUUCGUGAACGACACAUCACUGCUAACUUCCCCCAAAACUCCAACUGACAAACUGACGUUUUUUUGUUGUUGUUUUCGUGCUUAUAAACUUUUUAAAAACGUCAAAGGCACAAUGUUCGGACUGUCAGGAAACGACUGGCUAUUAAGCUAAUCAAAUAUGUUUUGUAAUUUGUUUCUUGGUGGUCAGAAAACAACAAAUCAACGUAGUGGUUAUUUAAAAAGUGGGCGGGGGGUGAAGUAGCUUAGCUGCUCGUGCUGUAAAGUGUGGUGUCUCGCGCGCAGCUCGAGUUACAGCUGUUGAUAUAUCGCGCGUCCUCGCGACGUGUCAACUUCAGUCAACCUGCUAUGACUUCGUCAGAAACCUGACUUGUAUGCACAUGGCGGGGGUUUGCUGCAAAAGCACUGCGCCGCUCUCUGUGUUUAAGCGCACUUUAUCGGUGCGCAACUCGGCCUCGGGACCGCGGUCUGCCCCCGUGGUAUGCGGGAGAAGAGGCGCUGUACUCGCGCGCCCGCUGCACCUCCACACAGUCAGCCCUCAUCGACAUCCAACGCAGUUGUUUUGUUCUUCUUUUGUCCAGGAGUCUAUGAGUGAGAGCUUGCGGGCGUGCUAUGUUUAUCUGAACCAAACCAGCAGGAGUUUCGCGGCUGUGAUUCAAGCCCUGGACGGAGAACUGCGCCAUGCAGUGUGUAUAUUCUAUCUAGUUCUUCGAGCCUUGGACACAGUUGAGGAUGAUAUGACCAUUCCUUUGGAGAAAAAAGUCCCGCUCCUGCAUCAUUUCCACACUUUCCUCUACCAACCAGAUUGGUGUUUCACAGAGAGCAAGGAGAAGGACAGACAAGUUCUAGAAGAUUUUCCUUCGAUUUCGGUUGAGUUCAGGAACUUGGCGCCAGAAUAUCAGGAUGUGAUUUCAGACAUUUGCCACCGAAUGGGGGUCGGGAUGGCUGAAUUCCUCGAGAAGAAAGUUGGAUCGAUGCAGGACUGGGAUAAGUACUGUCACUACGUGGCUGGUCUGGUAGGUGUGGGUCUGUCUCAGCUCUUCUCUGCAUCCCUGCUGGAGGAUCCUGAGGUGGGUCGGGAUACUGAGCUGGCCAACUCUAUGGGCCUCUUUUUACAGAAGACAAACAUUAUCAGAGACUACCUGGAGGACCAGCAGGACGGAAGAGCCUUCUGGCCUGAGGAGGCAUGGAGUCAAUUUGCCUCUCGUCUGGAAGACUUUUCUCAGCCACAGCACCUGAGCUCAGCACUGGCCUGCCUUAACCUGUUGGUGACCGAUGCUCUGCGCCAUGUCCCUGAUGUCAUCGCUUACCUUUCCCGCCUUCGCAACCAGAGUGUCUUCAACUUCUGUGCCAUCCCCCAGGUGAUGGCAAUUGCGACUCUCUCCGCCUGCUACAACAACCCACUGGUGUUUCAGGGGGUGGUGAAGAUCAGGAAGGGCCAGGCUGUCACUCUGAUGAUGGAGGCCACCAAUAUGCAAGCUGUACAGAGCAUGAUUGCACAGUACAGCCAAGAGAUCCUGCAGAAAGUCUCGCUGUCUGAUCCGUCGCAGGCUAACACUCUGUGCAUACUCGGUGUGAUCCGGGAAAAGACACUUUCCAAGGCAGUGCUGCCCACCCGUGCACACAACUUCUCACAUGUUUAUCUUUCUGCUGCUACAAUUUUGGCGUUUUUCAGCUGGCAGUAUCUAAACUCCACUCAGUCUCCAAACAGUGCUGACAUGCAGGGCCGCUGAGUAUAUGUCCUCUGUCCUGUAUCCCAAACCCUCUCCACCCCAACACAUCAACAAACACAUCAGUCUGUUAGUAAUGUAUAAAACCGUGACUGUUCAUAAUGUAUAAAACCUAUAUUUUUAUGUCCUUAUCACAGUGAUGCUUUUUUUUUUUUUCUGCAUACCACCAUUUGUAUCUGUAACUCAUUCUCAUGUGUUCUCUUAUGUUGUGCAGUUCAUUUCUAUAAAUUACCUUUAGCAUUAUUUCUGCUCUUCCACAUUAGUGUAUAUGCCGUCAAAAUAUUGCUGUUACUUCAAAAAGAAAUCGUGUACAACCCUAUAUCAUGCUUUUUAGGAUAAGUGUCAGGAUCAGUGUUCAGCCCCAACCAACAUAAUGCAUAAAUUCAGACACUGGUAUACAUUUUCCAACAUUGGCUAGCUAGCUUUAGUGUGGACAAUUUUUUGUAAAGAUGGCUAGCUUUGUUUGCCGUUUUCCCACUAAUGUUAGCUAGUCAUUUUUGUGAGGAAAUAUUCUCCUAAUUCUAACUAGCUUUGUGUGGAGAUUUUUCACUCACUUUAGCUAGUUAAUUUUGUUUGGGAAUAUUGUCCUAACACUAGCUAGCUUUGUCUGAGGAUUUUCACUAAUAUUAGCUAGUUACAUUUGUGUGGAAAUACUCUCUUAAUGCUAGCUGGAUUGGUUUGGGGGUUUUUAACAAAUGCUAGCUGGCUUGGUUUGGGGGUUUUUAACAAAUGUUGUCAGUUUUGUUUGGGAAUAUUCUCCUAAUGCUAGUUGGCUCUAUGUGUGGGAUUUUCACUCAGCUAGUUACUUUUAUGUGGAAAAUAUUCUCUUAAUGCUAGCUAGCUUUGUUUGUGGAUUUUCAAUCAUCUAAGCUAGUUAGUUUUGUUUAGGGAUAUUUUCCUAAAGCUAGCUCGUUUUGUUUGGGCAUUUUUCACUAAUCUUAGCUAAUUAAUUUUGUUUGAGGCUAUUCUCCUAAUGCUAGCUACCGUUGUUUGGGGAACUCGAGUAAUAAUACUAGUUACUGUUGUUUGGGAAUAUUUGUUUAGGAAUUUUCACUCAUCUCAGCUAGUUAGUAUUGUUUGUGGAUAUUCUCUUAACACUAGCUAAUAAACUAGUUAUUGUCCUAAUGUUGGCUAGUUAGUUUUGUUUGGGCAUAUUCUCCUAACGUUAGCCAGCUUUUGUUUGCAAAUUGUCUCUGGUUUGUUGGAAGAUAAAUGAAUGAUCUCCUGUUAAUUUAAGAUCUCAGUUUCAGUUUGCACAGUAAAUGUCACUAACAACCUUCUCUUUCACUGCUCAUAACAAUAUAUCGUUUCAAAAAUGCAUUCUAUAUUAAUGUGUUCUAGCCAAAUGUUUACUGUAAAUGGGUAUAUUGUGCUUUUGCACAAUGCAGCUUAUAUAGGUUGAUAGGGAAAAUAUAUAUAUAUAGAUAUAUAUAAAAAUUUCCUAAGAACCAAAUAUUAGAAAUUAUAUGUCUGAGAUUGACGGAGCGGUAGCAACAUUUGGCUUUAAAAUUGUCCUCAUUAAAUUUUUGUUUUUGUUGAAUAAAUCUAAUGACCGAAAGAACUAGAUCGUGGGUACAAGCGUCUGAAAUGGGUUUUCUCAGGAGGGUGGCUGGCCUCUCCCUUAGAGAUAGGGUGAGAAGCUCGGUUAUCCGAGAGGAACUAAGAGUAGAGCCGCUGCUCCUUUGCGUUGAAAAGAACCAGUUGAGGUGGUUCGGGCACCUGGUAAGGAUGCCCCCUGGUGUUCCAGGCAUGUCCAGCUGGGAGGAGACCUCGGGGAAGACCCAGGACCAGGUGGAGAGAUUAUAUCUCCACACUGGCCUGGGAAUGCCUCAGGAUCCCCCAGUCAGAGCUGGGUAAUGUGGCUCGGGAAAGGGAAGUUUGGGGUCCCCUGCUGGAGCUGCUGCCCCGCAACCCGAUAAUGGAUAAGCAGUUGAGGAUGGGUGGAUGGAUGAAUAAAUCUAGCUAUAACUUUGUACAUAAGCAAAUGUAAAAAAUGAUAUAUAAUUUUUGUAAUAUGGACUUUGAUUUUGCCUAAAUAGGAAAGAAAAUAAAAGGGAAAAAGCUGUGUUGAGAUGA